CUCAUCCUCAUUCGGAGAAUCGACCACUCGAUCGAUCGCGCCAACACAUCUGUGUCCCGGAAUCCGCCCCCGGAGUCGGUAACGUGUAAAUGCUGUGUGUCUUCCGCGUGACAUGCCGUUGAUUGACAACCCUAUAGCAGAGCUUACUAUAAGGCACACUGUUGCACAUCAACUGUCGUACGAGUCAUUCGUGCGAUUUGUGUAUAAUGCCACCUCUCUUCUGGACCGUCGGCUCGCUGUACGGCGCGAGUGCGGUGAUGCUAGGCGCGUUCGGUGCGCAUGGACUUAAGAAACGCAUCACGGACCCAGCGAGGAUAGCGAAUUGGGGCACAGCAGCGCAGUAUCAGCUUAUCCAUUCAGGAGUCCUUCUUCUUACCACAGCAAUCGCACCGCGUAACAAACUUGCUGCGGGCUUGUUCACUGCUGGUAUGACCAUGUUCAGCGGUAGUCUGUAUCUGCUUGUCCUCGAUCCGCAGCGAUUUGGCAAGAUCGCUGGUCCGAUCACCCCUCUUGGAGGACUUUGUCUGAUCGGAGGGUGGGUUGCGCUAGCCUUUGGGAAGAGAGUGCCCAUUCCAGCUGCUAUGAGGUAAUCUAGAGGUUUUGACGCGAAUUCAUUGGCGUGUAGGAUAAGAAUAUAGUGCAGAACCUUUUUGAGAAGGCUUCUGAGUGUACAAAGCGCGAAAACUCAUCUCUUUCGACUUUAGAUUUCCUGGGCUCUGCUCUGUGAAUUGUAAAUUUGCUCGCCGAUGAAUAAUUUAAAUCACGUUGUAGUACUUAACACCCAUUCUUGCUUAGAUAUAC